UCUCAGCUGUAGACUCAUUCUGAGCCUUGCACGUUUUCCUCGAAGCGUUGUCUUGUCGUUCAUUCUCGAGGCUGCAUUCUUCUUCGCAUAAGCGCGAUGCUGUCGCCACUGUUGCCAGCCUUGAGCUCCUGCAUUCGCGGUCACUAGACUAGAACAAGCCUACGCUCGCCCCCUGGAUUGAUUGCAUAUCGUGGCGUCGAAAUCGGAGCAUUUUAUCGUCGGACGCCUUGACGGGGAGUAUCGGUUUCUGUUGGCUCCAACAUUCUCGGCGGAUUCUCUACAGUCUCAGUUCGCUGCCAAAGACGAGUUGCUGUGAGAGGAGAUUGAAUUGGCGUACCGACGGUUUCUUACAGGUCUCUGCGCUGCGAUGCUUCUACAACGACUACGAGAAACUCGAGCUUGCGAUUGAAGACAAGUAGUGAAGAACAGAUUCCCGAACUUCGUGUGCACAGUUGGUUUCUGAUUGCGGCAUUGUAAAGUUUCGCUCAUUCAGCACGAAUCACGACCAUGGCUGCAUCAAAGAAACUCACGAAGUUCCUGAAGAAGGUUUUCCACGUCCCAUCGCACGGCCAUAAACCAUCUUUUUCUCGACAUUCGAGCGCUACCUCGAAUUCAUUUGAUUCAUCCUCUCUCGGAAUUAGCUCGGGGCGGUCAUGGGGGAGCAUGGCAGAUGUUCACUGCUACGACAGCGACGAUGAGCACUCCAGUCUUCCAGCUGAUGUUCCAGCAGGUUGUCUUGCGGUGUACGUUGGCAAGGAGCGAAGUAGGUUUGUCAUCCCCACUUCGUAUCUCUCGAACAGCGCCUUUCGGGCGUUAUUAGCGAAGUCUGAAGAGGAGUUUGGAUUCUGUUGCGACGGAGGCUUGCGCAUCGCCUGUACUCCUGAUGUUUUUGAGCAUUUGCUGUGGUGGUUGAACGGUACUACCCCCGAGUUUGUGGAAGAAGUCGAGGUCGUGGGACAGGAUUGUUCCAGGUAGAAGCAGGUUGAUUCAAGCGGUUUAGAGUUUGGAAACUUUCUCCUCAGAAUGUGUUGCGAACUGCUGCACGCCGGUAUGCAUCUUGUGUGGAGAUGAAGCAUCUUUGACCCCUUGCAUGUGAAGAGGUUUUGAGGAUGUCUGCUCCCUGAGAUUCGGUAUGGCUGAAAGGAGGAAAACCUCUCGCAAGUCGCUUGUAUGUAUUAUAAACAUACAUUAAAGGAAAGAAUCAGAAGCGUAGUACGGAAGCUUAGAAGGCGUAUUUCAGUCAAAGGCCCUGCUAAUCCGUCAGCAAAACGUUGCUGUCGCAACGUUUUGUAAACUGUGUAUAAGAAGUUCAAACGGGAGCUUUAAUCCGCGACAAGAAGCGUUUGGCACCAAGAAGGGUUUUUGGAACGCGCUCCUUGAGCGUGGUACUUAGCUACACCCUCUUAUGAAUUCGUUAUUCUUGCCUCUUAGCAUGUAUAACGACAGGAGCUCGGCCGCAAGACAAGUUAACUCGCGCUUCCACGCAACGUUGCCUCCGAACAUAGGUUUCUGGAGUUUAUGGACAUAUUCGCACAGAGCGCUUUUCCUUACGAAGCAUCUCUUUCUAAAAAGGAAUGACUGCGUUGUAGUUGAACAGGAUGUAGUAUUAGUUGCAAGAGUGUUCAAAUUUGAUGGACCUGGCGUGUUCCACCGCCCUGCUUCACAGUUUUGAGAGCUUAUCAUGUAGGGAUUAUGACGACAAUAUCUAGAACUGCAAUGAGAAGGUACUCCUCUCCGCAUGGAGGGAAGCCUCUUCCCUGCCAGACGUUUCUAAGUACAGGAGUGUAUUUUGGACACUCAACCAAGGAAUAUGCGUUUUAGCAUGUUUUGCAGACUUAGUCUGUAUGUUACGAAUGAGAAUGCUACUUAGAUGAUAUUUAAAUAACACAAUGCUGUGUAUGUUAAACCUUGUGAUUCAACUGAAAGUUUUGCAACAUGUUCUGGUUUUUUAA